UAGGAGACGCGAAUGAUAUUCAUGUUCAUGGGGUUUCUUUUAUGGACAUGUUCAAAACAUAUAUGUUUCAUCAAAAAAAUAGAUUCAUUCAUAAUAAUAUCCAUCACAAAAUAACCCAUGCACGAAAGAUUAUUAUGAAUCAUCAUCAACGUUCAAAAUUGGCUAAGCAAAUGAUCGGUGUAUCUCCUGAAGUAUGCCUUAAUGUUCUUCAUUGUCCAUAUAAAUCUAUGGAAUUGGCUCAUAUCUCUCUAGCUGAAAGUUAUGUUCGACCUAAUCAAAGUAUUCUUCAUCCAUCAACACAUAUUGAAAACGAAAUUCAAAAUACAUUAAAAGAUAUGAAAGAAAAAGUUUUUCGUCAAAUAACCAACUAUUGUAAACGAGAACCACCAAAAUUGAUGAUGAAUCGUUUUUGUGAACUUCUUGAAAAUCGACUACGUCAACGUUUUAUGGCUCCAAUACCUUAUGCUGAUCAAAGACGUGCACAACGAGAAUAUGAUUUAGUUAAAUCAAUACGACGAAAAGCACAUAAAUUUAAACAUAUUAUACGUGUUUGUGAUAAAGGAGGUGGUCUACAUAUUGGUGAUAAAAGUGAUUACGUAGAUCUUGUGUUGAUAUAUCUCUUUUUCGUUUAUUUUUCAAGAUAA